AUGCUUAACUAUGCUAAAUUCUUGAAAGAUUUGUUGUCUAGAAAGCAUAGGUUACAGGAAUGUGAGACAGUAGCACUUACUGAAGAGUGCAAUGCUAUUAUACAGAAAAAGUUCUCACCAAAGCUUCGAGAUCCUAGGAGUUUCAACAUUCCAAUUGCGAUAGGCAACACUAAUGUUGGCCAGACACUUUGCGAUCUUGGACUUGCUGACCGUUCCUUGAGGAAACCUCAUGGAGUCAUAGAGGAUGUCCUUGUUAAAGUUGACAAGUUCAUCUUCCCUGCUGAUUACAUUGUGUUGGACAUGGAGGAGGAGAGUGAAAUACCUCUUCUAUUGGGUAGACCGUUCUUGGCCACAGCUCGAGCUAUGAUUGAUUUAGAACAAGGAAAGCUCGAGUUAAGGAUGAAUGAUGGGACAACCACUAUCAAUGUGUUUGAUGCUAUGGAGAACUCAUCUGACCAGAAUGACUGCUUCAGACUUGAUGUAUUGGAAGAGGUGGUUAUGGAAGAGAAAAAUGAUUAUCAAGAGCUUGAAGAAGAAUUGAAGGCUCAAGAUGAAGCUACUCCAUAA